AUGGUCUUCAAUGGGGGGCUAGCUCUGGGAGUCCACAUCAUGAUAAGCCUUCUGAGCCCUCAAGAGACAGGGGGCAUCCAGGCUGACCACAUGGGCUCCUAUGGACCCGCCUUCUACCAGUCUCACGGCGCCUCCGGCCAGUUCGUCAAUGAAUUUGACGGGGAACAACUCUUCUCUGUGGACCUAAGGACAAAGGAGGCUGCAUGGCGUCUGCCGGAGUUCAGCAACUUUGCCUACUUUGACCCGCAGCGGGGGCUGGCCAGCAUUGCUAUGAUCAAAAUCCAUCUGGACGUCUUGGUGCAGCGCUCCAAUCGCACGAGAGCCACUAACGUGCCCCCAAAGGUGACGGUGUUCCCCAAGUAUCCGGUGGCGCUGGGCCAGCCCAACAUUCUCAUCUGCGCCGUGGACAACAUCUUCCCUCCUGUGAUCAACGUCACUUGGCUGCACAAUGGUCAGACCGUCACCGAGGGAGUCUCCCAGACCAGCUUCUACUCCCAGCCGGACCAUUCCUUCCGCAAGUUCCUCUACUUGCUCUUCCUGCCGGCUGCCGACGACGUCUACGACUGCAGGGUGGAGCACUGGGGCCUGGACGGGCCUCUCCUCAAGCACUGGGAGCCCUCUAUGCCUACCCAUCUACCAGACACCACAGGGACCCUGGUCUGCGCCUUGGGCCUGGCCGUUGGGCUGAUGGGCUUCCUCUUGGGCACCGUCCUCAUCAUCCACAGCACCUGCUGCUCCAGUGUUCUCAGGUAAUGACCCUUCUGAAAGAAGUGGAUUGUGGACACGCCGGAUGGAUUCCUGGCACGCUCUGACAGCCCUUGCAUGCUCGGUGACCCCGUCUACCAAGCACACCCUCAUUAUACUGACUGCUAAUGGGGGCAGCCUCUGUCUUAUAGACCCCUUACUUUGGGGCUCCUAUGCUCCUCCAGGACUUUGUGGGACACCAACCACCUUUUGCUUCCCAUCACACACACACACACACACACACACACACACACACACACACACACUUUCUUGCUCUCCCCAAAGCUCUGGCUAGGAGCAGUAGACUGCCUACAGGCAUCUGUACUGUAUCUCUGUUGUCAGGUUUUGGCCAAUUCUCCCAGGUAUGAGGAUGCUGAAGCUGGAGAAGGAACUUGGGGAGAUGACCAUGUGGGUGGGGAGAUUGACAAUCCUCCUGCUGUGUAGCUGUGCGAUUUGCCUUUAUUUCACUCCUCAGCUCAGGCCCUUUGUGUGUUACUUUGGAAUGGACCAAUUCACAUGAAUUUCAUGAAAUUUAUCUCAUGAGUUCCAAGUUGACCUAAAUGGGAUAUAACGGGUCCUGUCCCUUGUAACACCCACAUGGUCUUUCUUUAGAGCAGUGGCUCUCAACCUGUGGGUCGAACCCCUUUGGGGGCCAAGCGACCCUUUCACAGGGGUCGC